AUGCUCAAUCAUGAAAACAUACUGCAGUUUGUUGCUGCCGACAUAUUCAGUAUGGAUUCAUUUACUCAAAUGAUACUGGUGACUGACUAUCAUCCACUUGGAUCGUUGUACGACUAUCUUCAACAAGAGCAAGCUCUGACCACUCAAGAAGCGCUACAGUUAGCUUACAGCUCCAUUUGCGGUAUCGAACAUCUUCACGCCUCCGUGAUAGGAACGGGUAGCCGGCGGAAGCCUCAAAUUGCCCAUCGCGACAUCAAAUCAAAGAAUAUCAUCGUCAAACGACCCGGAAUGUGUUGCAUGGCUGAUUUCGGGCUUGCAGUCAGAUUGUAA